UUUUUCUGCCAUUGUAAAAGGACAAUCAAGGUUCCCACUGAUAAACAUCACCGCUUUACCUUCGUACGUAACAACAAAUGAUUGACACGACCUCCAGCCAAUAGAACGCCCGUCUGGCAACAGGUUAUCGCCUGAACCCCGGGAAUCAGCCAAUGGGAAGCGAGAGGAGGCGGGGCGCGGCCGCCUCGCUCUGCCGCUCAUGUAGCGUGAAGCGAUACAUGUUAGGUUGAGCUUUGAAUGAGGGGCCAUCAUCCCGGCGGCUCGGAGGUGGAAAAUACAGUUUAAAGUGUCUCUGGAUGCGUUUUAAAAUGAACAAGCAGGCUCUGCUGACAGAUACCCGAGUGACCGUUCGGCGCCCGUUCACCUCCUCGUCGGGUUUUCUCGGAUGAACUCCUCUCGCUCCCUAAUUUCCAUCUGAUGUUUCCCAAGACUGACUAGAUAUUAAUUAAAAAAUACACACAUAUAUUCUGAAUAUAUAGUUCAAAAUCUCCAGUAGGAAUUCAAACAACAACAUAUCACCUGUAUCACCCUUUUCCCCCUCCCCCCUUUUCCCUUUACACCAGAUUAAGAGGGGCAUCAAAACACACUUAGGAUUCACAAACACACACGUUACAUACACAAGCCACCAUGUCCUCCAUCCUUCCCUUCACUCCCCCUGUAGUGAAGCGUCUCCUGGGAUGGAAGAAGACUCCAGCGGGGAGCGGAGGAGCCGGAGGAGGCAUCGGAGGAGUGGGUGAGCAGAACGGGGGAGGACAGGAGGAGAAGUGGUGCGAGAAGGCCGUGAAGAGCUUGGUGAAGAAGCUGAAGAAGACCGGGCAGCUGGAUGAGCUGGAGAAAGCCAUCAGCACGCAGAACAGCAACACAAAGUGUGUCACUAUACCCAGUAAUUGCUCAGAUCUUUGGGGUCUGGGCUCAGGCCACACGAUAGAGCAGUGGGACUCUGCAGGCAUGUACGGAUACCAUGACCACAGCAGGUCGUUGGAUGGACGUCUCCAGGUGUCCCAUCGUAAGGGCCUGCCACACGUCAUCUACUGCCGCCUGUGGAGAUGGCCCGACCUUCACAGCCACCACGAGCUGAGGGCCAUCGACUCCUGCCAGUUCGCCUUCAACCUCAAAAAGGAUGAAGUGUGUGUCAAUCCCUACCACUACCAGAGAGUGGAGACGCCUGUGCUGCCUCCGGUGUUGGUGCCUCGUCACACAGAGAUUCUGACAGAGCUUCCUCCUCUAGAUGACUUUACAAACUCCAUCCCUGAAAACACCAACUUCCCUGCCGGCAUAGACCCUCCGAAUAACUAUAUACCAGAGACUCCUCCACCUGGCUACAUCAGUGAAGAUGGAGAGACCAGCGACCAACAGAUGAAUCAAAGUAUGGAAUCAGGCUCACCAGCAGAAAUGUCACCCAGCACCCUGUCACCUGUCAGUCAUGGCCUGGACCUUCAGCCCGUCACCUACAGUGAACCCGCUUUCUGGUGCUCGAUAGCCUACUAUGAGCUAAACCAGCGGGUGGGAGAGACGUUCCACGCCUCACAGCCGUCGCUGACGGUCGAUGGCUUCACCGACCCCUCCAACUCCGAGCGCUUCUGUCUAGGGCUUCUCAGCAAUGUUAACAGGAACGCAACUGUUGAAAUGACAAGGAGACAUAUAGGUCGUGGUGUAAGGUUGUACUACAUUGGAGGGGAGGUGUUCGCCGAGUGCCUCAGUGACAGUGCCAUUUUUGUCCAGAGUCCCAACUGCAACCAGCGAUACGGCUGGCACCCUGCCACAGUCUGCAAGAUACCACCAGGCUGUAAUCUGAAGAUUUUUAACAACCAGGAGUUUGCUGCGCUGCUGGCCCAGUCAGUCAAUCAGGGGUUUGAGGCAGUCUACCAACUAACCAGGAUGUGCACCAUCAGAAUGAGCUUCGUCAAGGGCUGGGGGGCAGAGUACAGACGUCAGACAGUAACCAGCACUCCCUGUUGGAUUGAGCUGCAUCUCAACGGCCCCCUCCAGUGGUUGGAUAAGGUGCUGACCCAGAUGGGUUCACCAUCAGUGCGCUGCUCCAGUAUGUCCUAAACAGGGUUCUGCUGCUGCCUGCGCAAAUUCACAAACUGUCAUGUCACAACAUUUGACCAGUAUGUCCUGAGGAAGACCACGGUGCAGUCUUAAACUGAGGCACUAACAUUAGCAUCAAGAAAAAAAAGGAUCACACGAAGGACCUGGAGGAUGGAAGAAUGACAUCGCUGAUGGACAGUGUUAACAAUGAUGUCAAUGUGGGCCUGACCACCUUCGGCUCUGUUGGAUUAAGAUGACAUUCCAGUAAUCAUGGACCUAGUAAUUGAAAUCACUCUGCAAUACCAAAUGUCGAGAGUGAUGUCAUAAUGGACCAGACUGCAUUCAUGUUUUUUUUUUUGGUAUUUGACUGAGGCUCUGAUCCGACAGAGCUUCACUGUCCUGCUCGAUGAUACGAGAGCGGCUGUUUUGGGGGAUUGCGUGCAAGACCUUCUGGCUAAGGGCAGUCUCUCCAACCGUGAGUCCACCUUCCUGCUCCACUACCUACCUACUACAGCACAACUUUGAUUCAAGAUUUCUGUUUACACAAGGUUGACCAACAGUAGUACUGCCACUCCAGGCUCAACCAAAGUCAACUCCACGCCUGGAUAUGAUUUUCUUUCUUGGUUUUGGUGACCAAACUUCCAUUUUUAUCUUGAGAUUUUCUUGCUUUUCUCCUAAUCAGUUCCUGUGUCGUCGUGAUCACGGACAUGAUUACGCCGGAACGACGGUCUUCAGCUCUGAAAGGGGUGACCACUGGGAGACCAAGUUGAUGUCUAGAAUCAAUAUAACAUACCCUUUAGAUGCACACACACCUGUACACUGUAACACAAACAAACCUUCGCUAUCUUUCACAUGAGGACAAAUAACUUCCUGUGUGUGUUUAACCGGUCCCAUUCAACCAUGAGUGUGUAGAGGGGUAGAUGUUCGGAUCAGAGCUGAAACAGCUGCUAACCAGCAUAGAUAACUGGAAUGAGUAAGCUAAGUAAAUCACAGUGCAAGAGUGGAGGACAUGUCCGUCUUCUUGAACUUCAUACAAACCACAAAAGCAAAAGUAGUUAACCACAGUUACCAGGUUGCCCCUUCUAGUUUUUGCGGGCCAACCAUUUGCACUGACUCUCUGCCCCUGCACACUCUUACGCUCUCUCUUACACCCUCUUUAUUAACUUUUUACAAUUAUAUCAUCAUGCUUAUGAAGGAGAGUGUUGGACUUGGAGACGUGUAGGACUAGGACUCAGUAUAAUGCAGUUCAAGAAUCUAAGCCUCAGUGCCGCCCCCUGCUGUCUAAAAGAAAGAAAUACCAUCACUUACAUUUCACUGAUGCAGACAUUGAGCAAGUCUCUCUCGAUUAUAUGCUUGGACUGAUGCACGAUUUUCUCCAUUAUUGACAUUUUAUUGAUAGGAAGACAACUCCCGCAGUGUGGGACUUUGAAAAAAACAAAAAAACAAAAAACGGCUUCUAUACUGUUGUUGCACUGCCCCAAAUUAUGCACACUUGAUAUCGCUACAAGAAAGUUGCCUUUGAUGUAAAAUACAGCGAGAUAUGCUUUGAAAUGUACAGAUAGGAAUGUUGAAAAGCCCAAGUGGAGUCACGGCAAUUACAAAAAAUAUCUUCCAUAUUUUUAAGAAUGUUCACUUUAAGAGUUUUUUUGCAUAUAUUGUCUAAAUUGGCUUAUUAAAGAUUGUUAAAUUCAGUUGAUUUUAAUAAAAUUCCUUUCCCUGAUCUAAAAGCCAGCUGGUACCUACGCUGGUACUGUAGAGUCCCAAAUCGUAAGUAUUUAAGCUUUAAGUAUUUGACAAGCUAGUUAUACGACACAGCUAUUUUCUUUACACAUUCUUUUAGCUACAUUUUUGUAUCGUGUAUUUUUUACAUAUGAAUAUAUUUAAAGAUCUUCAAAGCUUUCUUCCCUUUUAUUAGAAUUCAGUAUUUUUUUAGAAUAUGCCCUCGGCUUGAAACGACAGCUUGAUGAUGAGUUAUGAAGUAUGUAGCAUAGGAUGGAACAUUUUCACUGACUUUACCACAGUUUGGAUUUGGUGACCGAGAGGCCGAGCCAUCAUAAUUCCCAUUCUGUUUUCUUCUUGGCCAGUGAAUUUUGGAAUCUAUCAGCUUUUACAGCUGUUGAAAAAGGUAAUUUCUUGUCUAACUCUUAGGAUUUUUUUUCAGCCUAAAGGGCGUGACCUGAAUUAUGAUAGUGCUGUCCCAAAGACUGAAUGCAUGUAUUACAUUUUACAGUAUGCCCUGUACACUGCAGAUCCACUGUGUCAUAAACCUAAUUGCUGAUGAAAACCUAACAGCUUCAGUUUUCUGAUACCAAAUUUAUUGACUUAAUAUUUAAACUUGCCAAUUUACUUUUUGGGGUGUAGUUUGUUGUAAAUUUUUAGUCACAAAUCAAGCUCUCAUGGCGGCAUGGUGGUGCAGUGGGUUUGCAUGUUCUUCCCAUGUCAGCGUGGGUUUUCUCCGGGAGCUCCAGUUUCCUCUCACAAUCCAAAUACAUCCAGGUUAAUUGGCGACUCUAAAUUGGCCGUAGGUGUCUGGCGACCUGUCCAGGGUGUACCCCACCUCUUGCCCUUGAACAUGCGGUUCCAGAACUGAAUGAAUGAAUCAAGAUACCUGUUUAUCUAUCAGUAUGCCAUGGUCACUAGAAAAUAAUUCUGUUUAAAACUAAACAAAAUUCAGAUUUUUGGAGAUGUUAGGAUUUAAUUCAGCAGCUGAGCAAUGCAGUAUUAUUUUCCAGUAUCAAAGCAGAUGAUAUUCAGUUGGAAAGCUCUGACUUUGGAAGGUGAAUCUGUCUUACUUUAGCAACAUAGGACAUUCCAGUACGUGCUGCAAAAGCUGCUGCAGCUCCGCAGAUGUUUGAUUCUCAUGACUCCAUAUAUGUGGUUGUACACUGUUAAUUUACAGUGAGCGUGUUAACAUGCACACAUGAUAUGUCCCAUUCAACGCGUCUUUAUUCUCAAAUGUAUUCCUCAAGUGUAUCCCAAUGCAUCAGCUGGGAUUGCAAGUAAAUGUAUUUAAACUGGACUCGGUGGCCUCAGUAUCUCAGCUCAUACUGUCACAUUCCAGAUCGCUUGUUUGACGUGUUUCAAACUUUGACAGAACCUGACUGGUCUUGACUUGUUGCUAAUUAAUGCCGGUGUGCAUGUAAACACGUUCACGUUUUUCUGUUUGAUUACUGUAACAUGUGGGGGAAAUGUUGGUUCAAAGAUUUAUUGUAGAAGACACAUUAUCACUCCGACCUCGUCAGGUAUCGACUUUUCGUCAUGGACUUUCCACGUCCACAUGCGAUGUGCAAGGUACCCUGGGUGUGUUGGUUGUUGGCAUUCUGGGACGCCGUGUCAAGUUCUGCCUGUUACAUGCAUUGUUUUCUUUCAAAAUACACUUCUGUUUUCACAGGAAAUUUACCGAUUACAUACAGUCUCUUUCAAAAAGAACACACUAUGUCGGUAAAAUAUCGCAAAUUGAUGUUUUUUCCCUCCAACAACACACGCACGUGGUUGGGUUUAGGAAAAAAGAACUGAGUUUGGCUUUAUAAUCUCAUGGGAUGUCCACCACCAGUCCCUCUCGUCGUUCUCGGACUUUCGCUGGCUUAAUUUAAGUUCUUAUCCCGCUGUGUUUCCCCCUGAUGCCGUCAAACUAUAAUGGCGACUGGCCGUGUAUCUUGCAGUGUCUGUUUGGCAAACAAACACCAACUUUCGGAAAAAAGAACAGGGUUUGGUUUUAUAAUCUAUGGCCUUUAUAAUCUAGGGGACGCGAACACCGCUCUCCUGGGUGAAUGUUGGUGUUUGUUGGGUCUGGGCACACAAACAUCGACUUUUGGAAAAAAGAACAAGGUGUGGCUUUAUAAUCUAUGGGAUGCGAACAAUGCUCUCCUGGGUGAAAGUCUGUGUUUGUUGGACCCAUCCACCACCCCACCCACUCUCCCUACUCAGACUUGCUGCCUUAAUUUUAGUUCAUAUCCCGCAGCAUUUUUCUCUGAUACGGCUAAGUGCCAUUAAACUAUAACAGUGAUCGGCCACGUAUCAUGCCGAUGUUAAAAGACAGCUUUUUCGUCAGUGUCUGACGCCACAAGUCACUGCCCAAGCGCCAGAUUUUGACGACUUCGGAGUGAGACUGGGUUGUCGUAGAAUGCCAAAUGACGGUUUAAUGAAGUUUAUCAUAUAAUAAGAAGAUAAGAAGUCCGUAAAUCCUGAUGUUUAAACAUACCGUCAGCAUCCUGCAGAAAUCAAGAUUUGAGGUUGACACUCGAUAGGUAACAUCCCCGCCUCCAGGGUGGUGUAUGUUAGCACUUGGACCAAACUGAAAGAUUCACACUUUUAAAAAAAAUCCUGCGGUUGGUUUGACUCUGCAAAUCAUAAGCAUACUUUUUUAGGGACUGUAUUUGCUUCAUUCAGCAAGCAUUGGGUCAAAUUUUUAUCACUUAUAACCAGCCAAACGCAGUGAUGUUCGUCUUUUUCUGUGUGUAUCUACCUGUCCACCCGUCUGUCCCGCCUUUUCGCUGGUCUUUUUCAUUUAAUAGGGUAAAUAGUUGACUGGACUUUGCCAAGGUCAGUACACAGGACAUGAAAACAUAGUGUUACCUUUAAGGUUGUUGUAUCAUUGCUAACCCACGUUCGUUCUAUGCAGUGACAUCAAAUCGUUCGGACUGAACACAUUCCUCUGUAGUGUAUUUUCUGAUGGCUAGACAUGCUGGUGUCUGCAUAUCGCCAGCGUCCAGCAACAGCCUUUGUAUCAACUUUAUUUUGUUUCUUUAAAUGAGUGCCACCCGACAUCGUACCCAGAAACCAACCAGCUGUUCUCACUCCUUGAGAAUUCUGUUUUAGACAUGGAUGACGAGACCAAACGAGGUUUCAUGUAGGCGACAUCGACACAUUUCGAGGGUCCACAUUCCUAUUUACAGAUGACAUAUUGUAUUUUUUUUUUCUUAUUGUGAUGACAAUUGUGUAUCCCCAAACAAGCCUCUUUCUGACGGACUCCUAUGAAGGUGGCUUUUUGGAGACGGUGAAGGUUCUACAUGUCACUAGUGAUGUUAUUGUAUAGUUGUACUUUUAUUUUACCAUACAUGCUGUUCCUUUCUCUUGCUAUCGACGGAGCGUAUUCCAUUAGACGACAAAGCUGUUAGGAUUUCUGUCUUCUUCAAACACUGAUGACGAUCUUCAUAGGCUUUCCAACUAUUCUACAUAUACAGUCAACUUCUUACAGUGUACACUAAUAAAGCUGUUUUAAUUCAACUGAA